AUGGCGCCACGUUACGUCAACCUCGGGAAGGAAUUUAUGAAGGGCCCACCACCGGCCCGAAAGCCGCCCACGAAUCCCUACGCGACGUGGGAUCCAGCGGAGCUCUCGGCAGAAACUGAACGAGAGGCAUCCGCGACGGCCACCAAUGAUGCCAUCGAGCAAUUCAAACGCAUGUUCGGCCCCCGACGACGUGCACGACAACUCACAGAAGCGGAACAAAAGGAGCGCGAGGCAAUCCUCAACGGUGCCCUGUCACGGGAACGAGAAAUGGACGACGAACCCGAAAUAGGGGAUGAGACGCGAGACGCCAUUCAAGCCGCCGCCGCCGCAGAGGCAGUGGAUGAAGCCACGCGCACAGCCGAUCAGCGAGCGGCCAUCGAGCUCGCAGCAGAACUUCGCCGUGCAUAUGAGAACGAGGUGCGUGCGGCGCGCGUAAGCGGACGUCUCACGCCAAGCGAGGCCUCAAAACUGCUCGAUGGAUUAACGGCACUUCAAACGGCGGCGCGUCAGUCAGCAUCGGCGCGCUCACUCGAAAGUGCGAUCACGAACGUCGAAAAAGGUGUGGCCGACGUAGCGACAGCAACGCAAAACGUGGACACCAACACAGCUCCCCUGAACGCAGCCUUGACAAGCUUAGCGGCAACAGCAUCAGCAGUAAAAGGGGACACAAGCGAACUUCCAAAGCUGAAAAAAGCAAUUGGAGCAGUCAUCGCGCAGCUCAACCCAGCAAACGCAGGCUCAUUUGCAGAACAAAACCUAACAAAACUCGAUAAUGUCGACCAAUCGGUAAAAGACGCUCGGGAUGCGAUCAAAGCAUCCGCAGACGUCACAAAGGACGCACUGAAUACAAAUGACAACGAUUCAUUCGCAGGCAAAACACUAGACAAGUUGGAAUCCCUCGCACGCAUAACGCAACAAACCCCACAACGCCCACAAACACCACCAGCAAGCGACCCCCCCGAUUCAUUUUCGACACCACAGGGACAACAGGUUCAGGGUGCACCGCCUGACACGGAUACAGCAGCACAUGCUGCACCCCCAUUCGGGCAAAAGGCAACAGCUGCGCAAAAGCGCACAGUCGCACUAGGUGGUAGUUCCAGUGCAGCACAACGCGUAGGUGUAAACAAUGACGUAUACAACACGCUCACAAACUCCCGUGUUCAACCUGUGCUGGUUGAACAAUUACUUUCAAGUGAAGCAAACAAAAAGAGUGCAGCACGAGCACUACAUACAAUCGCAACGUUUAGUAAGACGAGUAAUGACCAUAAAGUCCCACCAUUUACUGAAAGUGUUUUAAACAAAUUUGUGAAGGCAGGCAUUCUAGAAAAGAGUGGAAAAAGUUUCAAGUUCACUCCUGAGUAUGAAGCGCAAGGCCUCACGCAAACCGGCCACGGUCUUCUCAUCCAAUCAGGUGGUCCGGAAGACCCGCGCGAGGUUGCGCUCGGCGAUGGCGUACAUAAACGCUCAGGAAACAACUACUUUGUAUGCGAGCUCGGGCGACAAAUCUCUCUAGACGAUGAGACAGGUGACUGGGAAAUGGCACUAGUUCAAGCACGCUACGGCUCGGAUGCGCCUCUUACAAACGAUGACGUAUUUGUCUAUAGCAGCCUAUGCAAACCCACGGUCGUAGUAAACCAAGAGGAUACAAAUCUUGUCCGCGUGUUGUUGAAUCAGAACGGUACAACGCACGCAUUCGAAGAAAGCAGCGCAGUCGUUCAGUGGCGACCGCUCGCAUCGAGCAACUUCUCAUCGGUUGAAAUUGAAAUCUCGCUCGGUGACGGCAGUGUGGUUCAGUCGACGACAACCGAAGCGCUGAUUGUGUUUGCACUUCGACACGUUCGGCGAAGCUGA